UUCUAGUGUAAUUUAUGUUUUAAUAUUCAGGGCAAAAUAUCUGCUUAAUCAAAAUAUCAGACUGAUUUUUAUUCCUAUAAUAUGUAUAGGUUUUUUAUAAAGUGAGAAAUUGAAGUAAUUAACAUCUAACAAAAUGACAUUGUGGUCCAACGUUUCUUCAGUUCCUCACUCCCACCUGGAAAUGUUAGAUAAACAUAAGCAUGGUUUUAUCUGAUCCUGUCAUGAAGGCUUCACCCUUUCCAUAAACAUGUAUAGAAGACAUAAGGAUGAACAAUAAAGCUUGGAACAUGUUGGUGAAUGUGUGGACAGAAUUCUACUCUGAAGUGGAAAUGGAAGUGAGCUGAGAAGUCACACCUCGGACAUGAGAGUGAAAGGUCCUGUAACCGCACACCAAACUUCAAACCUCGUGCCACAUCCUGUAACAGCGCCAUGUCAUCGACCCAUGCGGCGUCGACUGAGUCGUGAGCUGGCUCUGCGAGGGGCUCGUCCGGCCCACUCAUGCCCGUGAUCCCCAUCCCGAGGCGGGCGCGCUCCUUCCAUGGCCCCCACAGCACGUGCAUGCACUCGGCCUGCGUCCCAGCACGCGCCUCCCAGCUACUGCGCACCAACUACAGCAACUUCGACCUGUACCUGAAGUCGCGCUGGACCUACGGCUUCGUGCGCUUUCUCCUCUACUUCAGCUGCAGCCUGUUCACCUCGCUCCUGUGGGUGGCGCUCGCCACACUGCUGUGCAUCGAGUACGUGUGCGUCCGCAUCGUCCUGCGCCUCCAGUACAAACUCUCGGUCAUCCUGCUGCUCCUGGGACACCGCAGGCUGGACUUCGGCGUCCUGAACGAGAUCUUCAUAUACAGCAUGCACAUCACCAUGUUCCUGGUGGGAGGACUCGGGUGGUGCUUCAUGGUGUUUGUGGAUAUGUAGACAGUUUGAAGAGAUGUGGAAAUUAACAUUCAUGCGAUGUCCGUCUAAUGCCAGAUGUAGUCGAUCAGCCGAGACGUGACUGGGUCGUGGUUUAGUUCUGAAGUGUAGAUCUGAGGCUAAUGCAGGAAACUCUCUCUUACAGAAGAUACAAUGCGGUUCAGUACAAGUCGAGUCAUUUGCUCUUGAUUUGAUUCAGCACUGAUAUGAUUCAGUUUAGAACUGAUUCUGAUUGAUUCGUGCCUGAUUCAAAUGUAAUUCUUCAAUAGUUAAUGGGCGUGGCUUAGGAGGUGUCAUGAUGUCAAGGAAUGUACAAGAUGGUCACCUCAUUUCAGCUACAUGAUGAUGUUUGUGUUUAAAGAUAAAAGGAAGUCAGAGUGUGCGUGUGUGUGUGUGUGUGUGUGUGUGGCAUCAGUGAAGAUCAAGAUAGAUUUGGUAGACUAUCUAGUGAGUUAUCUACGUUAGCCUCGUGGCUCCAGUGCAACACCGAAGAGUGAAACAUCACACACACCGAACACGUCUUGGCUGAUCGAAUACAUUCGGUGUAAAGUGGACGAGCGUGUUUUUUUUUUAAUCAAACUUUUCCUUUAAACACUUUUAACACAACUCUAACUAAUACUAAUGUGCCAAUUGUUUACUGCAUGAUGAACUCCAGACUGAUCCGAGCGUCACUGACUGACCUCAGUCGGGGGAAAAUCUCACCGACUCUCACAUUCCGCGUAUGAUUUCAGCAUGCUCCGGUGGUGAUGUCAUAUUAAAGGUGCGGUCUAUGUGACGUCAUUGUUAACCUCAAAGCAGGAAUUGUAGCUUUAAAGGAGAAGCUCAGCGAGGCUGAAAUCACUGAGACGGAAAUGAUGGCCACCUGAAAUCUUUUCUCGGGUGAAUUACCUCAGAGUGCAAUCACAGACUUGUUCAUUUCUUUCAAAAAAAAAAAAAAAUGUGUAGCUAGGUUGAGAAACGUCUAUAAGGAUUGGGGUAAGAAUGUACGGAAAAGAUUUCCGGUGACUCGAGUCGACUGUUGGGACGAGAUUAGACUUCAGUUGUGACAUCUGUAGUAAUUCUAAUCGAUUUAAAUAAAAACCAGGUGUACUACACACACACUGAUUAUUGUGAGCGAUCGGUGCAGGGGGCGUGGCCAUGCAAAUUAAUCAUUAGUAGGUCACAUGAUUUGGGUGGGACUAAAAUCCCAGUGAUACUCCUCAUAAUUACAUGGAAUUACAGGCUUCUGGAUGUAACUAAUCCCGUCCUAAUAGGGCUUCCAUGAUUUUUUAGCUAUAUAAGUUGUAGCUCAAGUUAAAAAAAAAUAAAGAAAGAAAGAGUCGAUUGAGUUUAAGCCAAGCGGAAGUGCUGUGAACGUUUUUUUGGCCGCUCGAUGGUGGACAGACCCUGAGUCUGAAUCUCCAGAUCGACCACGAGAGCCUGUGAGAGCCUUCAUACGCCUCGCUCUCGGCUCACACCCUUUCUUUCAUUCCCUAAAUGUAGGCAUUCAGGGGACGGUGGGUCCAGCGGCGUGAGCUCGCGUCUGUCCGUCACGUCGUCUCACACACUUCCUCUGACGAACACGUGAUCAGCCUCGUCCGUGUCUCUGCUGUUCUGCUGUGCCAUGUUUAUAACCGUUAAUAUCAUCAUUCAUUCAGUCACCAAGUUCACUGGACCCUCAGGAACUGCGUUUUGUAAAAAUAAAUUUAUUUGAAGUUUAAAAUA